AUGGCGUGGGGGAGGCGCGGACUGUGUAGCCCUCCAGAGCUGCACGCGGGAGCAUCCAGCAUCGGCGUCCUUGCUGCCUCGGCGGGGGAGAGGCAAGCUGUCCUGUGGGCUGCUGCUCUGGAAGCCGAAACGGAGGCCACUCGUGCACUGGGCCAUCGGCCAGCAAAAUUCCAACCCAUCCGCAAAGGAGGUCCACUGCGGGCUUCGGGAUCCAGAGCGACCCUCAAUACCGUUUCCGAAACGCUCCUCCCCGUACCCAUCGCCGGUCCUCAUCCCCAUACCCGGCGGCGCCAUGGAGGUCGGCGGCAGAUAUUCGUGACCGCGCCCAGCAGGAUCCACGGCGGCGCAGUGACAUGCUUCCUGGGCAGAUCCAUGCAUGGCCGCUGGUCUCAGUUGGAGAGAAAUUUGACCUCUGUUGUGUUCAGUAUCAAUAAAACCAGACCAACUCUUAGGUUUGUAGUUUUGAGUGGGGUGGAUGUCCUCGCCCGGAACAAAGCAUCAACGCUAACAACCUUUUCGGUUCAGCAAUUCCCCUUCCACAGGAUUAUGGUCAAUGGUGAUCUAUGAGCCUCGUCUCGGUGGGCUGACCAAUCUCCAGGAUCUUCGGCUCACCUGUUCUACAGUUCCUUCUUAUUUAAAAAGCAAAAUGGAUAAUAUGGACUCUAUUCUCGCUAAACUCACCAACCUCAGAUCGGUAACUUUGGAGCGUUCAAGUUAUCUGGACAGUGGACCUUCCAGCAUGAGCAUUUCCUGCGAUGGCUUGAGCAGCAGUUCCUCUCCUCCGGUGCUUCUUCAGAGAUUUGAGUGGUUGCCAUGCAUUUGCAGCUUCUCAAGCAUUCCCAAAUGGACUGGACAUCUCAGCAAGCUGUGCAAUUUAAAGAUUGGGAUUAGGGAACUAAUGAGCAAUGAUGUUGAUGUUCUCAGAGGAUUGCCGGCACUUACUGUUUUCUCAUUAUAUGUCCGAGCAAAUCCUGCAGAAAGAAUUGUCUUCACUUAAGACAGGAUUAUUGGUUCUCAAGUGCUUCAAGUUCAGGUGCCGUGUACCCUUCCUGGAAUUUGAGGUGGAUGCAAUGCCUAAUCUCCUGUAACUGAAGCUACAUCUCGAUGCCCAUGGAGCAGAUCAACAUGGAGUAUUUUGUUGUUUAAGAUAGAUUAGUUUGACAACACGCUUCCUAAGGUCUCUUCUGUUCUGGAAUUAUCAUAGAAGAUUAUUUCUUUGGAAGCAUAUGUUCCACAUGGAACUGAAGUCUUCUUAUAUUCCAGUUGAGAUUAUUGAUUGAAACUUAAGGAAUUUUCAGGUGAUUGUGCACUAGCAAUUAUUUUUAUUUCUAUAAUCUCCACAUGAACACAACCAUAACCAAUGCAGGACCAUGAUGACCAAGUGGAGCACGCAGGUGAGGCUGAGCUCCUUGCCGCAUGUCUCCUCAACCUUGCAGGAUAUUGAGGAAGACGAUGACAGCUUCAGCUGGAUAAAGUAUGGUCUACUGCCGUUGAGCCACCCUUCAAGAUCUUCACAUCCCUCCACAAGGUUCCCCUGGACCUGUUGUGAAAAAUUGUAUCAAACAUUUUUGUUAAACCAGGGUGUCUGGUUCUGUCUAAUUUCAAACAAAUAUUUUUGAACUCAUUUGGUAAAGGUGGACUAUUUAGAAGCCUAAACGAAGUCUUUA